AGAUAAUGGAGACAGGCCCCCCCUUCCCACACAAACCCCGAGUUGUCAGCAGUUAAGUUGUUCAGCUCAGAGGAGGAGACAUUGUCACUGACUUCUAAGCUUUUCAAAGAACCAUGGAGGAGACGGAACAGCCUGCAGGUGGACGUUAUUUUGUGGGCAGAAAGGACGAGCUGAUUGAAGCUAAGCGCUCUUUCAGAACACUUGAGGACCGAGAUAUAGUCAUCAUCUACCAUCAGGGGGUCUUUCAUGCUAUUGACUCUUAUUGUUAUCAUGCUGGGGGAAUACUGGCGAAUGGAGACAUUGAGGAACUUGACGGCAAGCUGUGCAUAAUUUGUCCGAACCACAAGUACAAGAUCUCUUUAGCCAAAGGGGAGGGCUUGUACAGGGGUGUUGACCCCAGGGAAGAGCAGCGUGUGCCCAGAUGGUACUCGAAGGGUGUGAAGCAGCGAGUCCACACAGUCACCGAGACCGACGGGGAUGUCUAUGUUCAGCUUUCUGAGGAGAGGGGCUGGAUCGAGUCAGACUACUACCAGGGAGAACAGGGCAAGGUGAACCGAGCCAAAGCUGAAGAAGCAGAAAAAAAAGCAUUGGAGAAAAAAGCAUCGGAGAAAAAAGCUUUGGAGAAAAAAGCUUAGGAGGAAAAAAGCAUCAUGACAGUAACACAGAAUCACCUGGAUGAGGAUCACAUCUCCGCUUGUCUCCUCUGAUCUUGACUCCAUAAAGAGGAUUUUCAGAUUCUGACCUGUAGCUUUGCCUCUAUUAAUAAUAUCAUGUUAUUUAUAUGAUGAGUUUUGGAUAUUUAAACAUACGUAUUUGUGUGUUGUUAAUUCUCUAACUGACAAAUUGUUUGAA